AUGGCCGACAACGGUGCAGAGUUCAUCUGGGUUGUCAACGGUAACUACGAUAUGCCAGUUAUCCAAACGGUGAUAAUUUUACUAAUAUAUCCAGCGGCUAUAGCUAUUGUGGUGGCGAAGUUUGAAAGCGAAAUCGGGAACUUGGAAACGUCUAUAGGUAGCCUAAGUAUGAAAACCCAAGGCAUGUUGCAACGUACGCCGGAUGCGGAGACAAACUUGGAAACAGAUAAUCGAUGUACUUGCACAAAAAUGUCUGAAACACGAGGCGUGAGUACUUCGGUCACAGACGAACAUUUACCACUUUGCUGUACAGCAGAUGAAGACGACAUGAGAAAGCUGAUUUUGAAAGUCAUAGAUGAAGACGAACAGCAACGUAACAGAGGACAAACACAAGAUGAACCGUAUGUAACGAUCAGAGAUGUACAGCGAUUGAUUGAGCAGAUUAUACAUCACAAUAAAACUGAGAUUAUCGCUGGCAACACCAAUAGUUUUCCCUUUGCCGUGCACGUGACUGGACGACCAUCGCAAUACGGAUUUACCGCAAAUAAACGUAUUCGUAAACAACCGAAUUACAAGAAGGUUGGUCCCUGGGAAUGUCAUGACGGCAAGUCGUUCACUAAACAAGUACAUGUUGAUGAACAUCACAUAGUGGUCCCCAAGUCUGGAAUCUACUACGUGUACAGUCAAGUGUACUUUCGUGACGAUUCAGGAGGAAACGAACGGCUAGCAGGACGCCCCAGCGAAUAUCUGCACUACACCGUGCGGGAGAAUCGAGCCUACCAACCUGACCCAAUAGAUCUUAUGAAGAGUGGACGUACCCAGGGGCAUUCUGAUUUCUAUUACAGCAGUUUCCAUUCUGGAUUAUUUCGAUUGAUGAAAAACGAUAAAAUUUACAUGAAAGUGUAUCUUCCUGACGACUCGGUGAGGUUAGAUUCACAGCAAGAGUCCACGUUUAUGGGGAUGUAUUUUUUGAGUGAUGAUAAUUAG